AUGCUCUCGAAGCGCCUGUCGCUCAACAUCCUCUCGCCCAAGGCGGCGCUUGGCGCUGCGCCAUUGAGCCCGAAAGCCACGUCGCCCCGAGGCAAAGACCGCCUGCGCCUGACCAAGACCCCAUUGCCCAGCGACGAGAACCAGCGGAGCCCGCCAGUGACGCCGGAUGCUACCGACGACGUCAUCCACGAGAUUCAAGCAACGCUCACGAGCCUGCUCCAGCGCAUGGACACGAUCAAGCCGGCCAAGCUGCGCUCCAUCAAGCUCGGCGGCGAGCUCCGAGGCCUCCUCGGCAAGGCCGACGACGAGUUUGGCGCCCACGAAGGCACGUUUCGAAAGCACGUGCACAACGACGGACUGCAGAUCCAGCUGCAGAACUUUGUCGCGAGCCUCCACGGCCUCUCGCCCGUCCUCGACUCGAUCCAAAAGACAACUUUUCUUGUCAACGCGUUCGUCAAGCGCAACGUCGAAUUCGCUUUUCAAGAAAUCUCGUCCUACUACGCGUCGAUCUUUACCGAACUCUCGCUCGCAGUGGCCCACGCGUCGGGCUCGGCGGCCGAAGCCGCGGUCCUGGCUGCUUUGCGCGCCAAGCCCACCGAGCCGCCGACGUCCGACGACGCGACAGCACCGGAGGUGCAGUACCAAACAGGGCAGCAGUUCUACUUUGGUCAUGGCCGCGCCACCAACCACCACCAAGCGUUCGUCCACUACAAGCUCGCAGCAGCCCAAGGGCACAUGGAAGCCAUGGUGUGUCUGGCCCAAAUGUACCGCGAUGGUCGUGUUGUGGAGAGCGACCACGAAGCCGCGACGCAGUGGUGCACCCGCGCCGCCAGUCUCGGGUCCGUCGAAGCCACGUUUGCGCUGGGCGACCUCCUCGUAUGUGCAGGGCGCUCUCUACAAGCGCACAAGAGUGGGCUUAGGUGCAAAAGGCGCGUCUUCUUACCCACGUGGCGCGACGCCAAGAGACGUAUGCACUGGCGAUGGUGCGACUCACGCAAGCUGCCGACCAAGGCCAUCGAGACGCACAGUACGCUGCCGGUGCCACAUGCCACGUCUCAAGUCGCUCGCUUCACCGUCAAUCUAGGACACUUGUACGAAAUCGGUGCGGUCGGCGCAGUUCAGUGGCAGUUGGCUAAAGAGGCGUACCUCAAAGCAAGUGACCAAGGCCACAGUAAGGCACAGGAAGCCUUGGGGCGUCUCUACUACUAUGGACAUGGUGUCGAGAUGGACAAGACCCAAGCCGGCCACUACUUUCAGCUGGCGACGCAGAGCGAUCCGAGCUUGCCAGACGCGUGGUAUUUGCUGGGUUUGAUGUAUGCCAAUGGCGACGAAGUGCCUGCGGACCAGCCCCGUGCAAAGCGCUGCUUUAUCAAAGCAGCCAUGCUCCAGCACAUUGACGCGCCGAUCGAACUUGCUGCCAUGCUGCUGACCAGUGAGAAGGCGCCGGUUUCCGAUGAGGUGGCGACCGAGGCACUCAAGUGGCUCGUCUUUGUCGAGCCGCCGACAGCGAGGGCCCAAUACCUCCUUGGCACACUCUUUGAGCACAACGCCUUUCUAAACGUACCCUCAGCACUGCGCUAUUACACGGCGGCUGCCCGAGCGGGCCACGGCGUGGCGGCGCAGCGUGCAGCGCAGCUCUACUACAGCGGUCAGAAGGGCGCCGACGUGCGUAGUGAGAAGCGGCUCGCAUUCGAAAUGUACUUGAUCGCAGCGCGAACCAGUCACGACGCCGAGUCAAUGAACGCGCUGGGCCUCAUGUACGAAGACGGCGAAGGCGUUGCUGUCGACAUGACGAUGGCGGCUGACUGUUUUCGCCAAGCGGCCGACCGGCAGAGCGCCCACGGCCACUUUAACUAUGCCUGUCUCCUCCGCGCCGGCCGCGGUGUCGAGAAGGAUGUGGAUGCGGCCAAGCACCACUUUGAACAGGCGCUCGCGCUCGGCUACGCCCAGGCCAGGCAAUUUCUCUCAACAACGAAAUAGCUACAAUACCC